AUGAGGACUUCCACCGUCGUCUCGAUAACCGUCGGCACAGCCGUGACUGGUCUGCUCGCAUAUGCGGUAUACUUUGAUUACCAAAGAAGGAAUAACCCAGAGUUCCGGAAAGCACUGAAGAGAGAUGCUAGGCGGCAAGCACGACUAGCUAAAGAAGAGAAUGAGGCUCAAGGCAAGCGCCAGAAAGAGGAGAUCAGGUCAGCUGUGCAGGAAGCCCUCGACGAAGGCUUCCCUAGCGAUAUUGAAGAGAAGGAAGCUUUCUUCCUGCAGCAGAUAUCUCAGGGCGAGACCAUGGCCAAUGAUGGAUCCGACCCCAUCGCCGCUGCGCUAUGUUUCUACAAGGGCCUGAAGGUCUACCCAGAACCAAGGUCAUUGAUCGGCAUCUACGAUAACACCGUACCCAAGAACGUUCUCGAGAUCCUGGCGCAAAUGGUAUCCUACGAUAAAAACUUAAAUGUUGGCUCAUUUGGCGAAAGCAAAGAGUCCGGCUCGGAGAGCGGACAUGGUGUAGAAUGA